AUGUCAGCAAUACUCAAGAGCUUUGUCGGCUGGACUGUUGUCCCCGAUUUUGCCACUAAAAACGGUCUUUUCAUGAUACACACCUACUUAUUCCCCCUUCUCAAACUCAAAGCUCCCGCACCCAAGUCUCCCACUUAUUACCUUCACUACCGAUGGACGUUUGCUGUUGUCGUUCUCGGCUAUCUCUUUUACACGAUAUUUGAAGGCUCAAGGACGAUGCAGCCAAACUUUUACGAGAUCUUGGGUGUUCUACCGGAUGUGGAUGAGAAUGGGUUGAGGAUGGCGUUCAAGAGAUUCGCAAAGAGGUAUCAUCCGGAUAGACCUGGCGUGGGGAGACAGGGAGAAGAGCUUUUUAUGGCGACUAGAGAUGCUUUUGAGGCGCUGAAGAAUCCGACCGUGAGAUUUGCAUAUGACAGAUUCGGACCGGAUGUUCUCCAAUGGAAAUUAUCGACGCCAAGGGAGUAUAUGCGUCAAGGAUUAAUGCAAUCGUCCGGAUACCACAUAUUCUCAGGAAUCGCGUUAGCUGUAGUUUCAUCGAUAGGUCGACCGAGCCCAGUCAGAUUCUGGCGUUACCUUCUUUAUUGGAGCUUCUUUGCCCUCGAACUUUCCUUCAUACUCUAUCCACCUCCUUCGUCUUCAGCUCCGAUAACGGAUAUUUCAAUCAAGAACACAUUUCAUAUGAUCUUUCCAUAUCGCGUUCCUUACCAGCAUAUACUAUUUCUGCAUCAAGUGUUCAUGUUCUUCAGCAUCGCAGUCAGUCGUGUCGCACCACGACUUUUCCCGGACGACUCGAGAAGCGAAUACGAGAUUGUUGUUCAGCAUAUAGCUGCGUUGGCUGGGUUUGGUGAUCGCGAAGCUUCAAUCAUGCUUCACACUGAACUCCACGCUGCACAUCCUCUUAAGGAAUCAAAUACAUCAUCAUUGAGCCAAAUACAGCCAUGCACACCUUCUCCUGACGUUAUGGACAGUCUCGCGAAGGAGAUGGAGAACAUGAUAAUAGAAACGAACCUUCAAGCGAAUAUCCCUCCACUUCGUGCCGCACGAGAAGCUGCCAUCGAACGUGGGAGAGCGGAACGGGAGUUGAAAGAAAAAGAAGAGAAGGAGAGACACGCGUUAUCGAGAACACCUGGUGGGAAGGUUAGUGCAGAAAUAAGUGGAAAUCUGCCUUCACCUAGACCCUCGCCGCCACCACCACCAACGGGAAUGGGAAGAAGGAAUUCGAGUUAUGUGAGGGCAAGGAGCGCACGUGUUCGCUGCGCCACUGUAUGA